GUUUCCCGGAUAAAGUUCAGUUCUGUCCUCUGCUCGUUUUUUUGCAAACAAAUCGGCCAGUAUACCAAAGUUUUCACUUGGAAAAUCUACUGUGUGUAUAGUUUUCAUAAGGAAUGUUUCAAAAGUAAAGAAUUGAAAACGGAAAUUUAUAAGUGAAUUGGAAAAAGCAUGACAAAGCAAAUAGUUAAGUUUUAAAGUGUGUUUUUUGCCGCCCAGUAGUGAGUAGCGGUAGUGUAGUUUAAAUUUUUUUGGAUUGAAAAAAGAAAAUAGUUUGAAUCAAGAUAUACUAAAUUAUAUAAGUUUGAAACUUCAAUUCUAAAAUAUGGCUCAGUUCGUUACUCAUAUACAACCGACUUUGAUGGAGGCCUCGCAGGGUCAUGUUCCACACCAUCAUGCCCAUCAAGUAGGCGUACAACAUAGUUCGCAUUUACCGCAUAGCGGACAUAAUAUGCCUUCGCCACCAACAGCCCAUAAUCAUCAUCAACAGCAACAUCACCAUCAACACCAACAACAGCAUCACUCCAACCAUGGACAUGGGAAACAACACAUCUCCGCUGCAAGUGCUGGCCACCAUCAAGGUUCAGUGUCAUCGCCUCCAGCUUCCGGAGGGCAUCAUCAUCACCACCAUCAAACGCAGUCACUGCAGCAGCACCAUCCGAAUCAUGGCCAAGGAAAGCACAUUCCAGUUGCCAGUGGAAAGCAUGAGCACUGCCCCACUGGCCAUCAAAGCUCGGGCGAUGGAAAUACAUCGUUUCUGCGUGCAGCCAGAGCUGGUAACAUGGACAAAGUACUGGAACACUUAAAGAAUAACAUUGACAUUAACACCAGCAAUGCGAAUGGGCUAAAUGCUUUGCAUUUAGCAUCGAAAGAUGGCCACGUCCAUGUUGUUUCGGAGCUUCUGAGGCGUGGUGCAAUCGUGGACAGUGCCACCAAGAAGGGCAACACUGCGUUGCACAUUGCCUCGUUGGCGGGUCAGGAGGAAGUUGUUAAAUUACUUUUGCAGCAUGGCGCUUCCGUAAAUGUACAGUCACAGAAUGGUUUUACACCAUUGUACAUGGCAGCCCAGGAAAAUCAUGACUCAGUGGUGAAAUUAUUGCUUUCGAAUGGCGCUAACCAAAGUUUAGCCACUGAAGAUGGUUUUACCCCUUUGGCAGUGGCAAUGCAACAAGGACAUGACAAGGUCGUCGCUGUUUUGCUAGAAAGCGACACACGUGGCAAGGUUAGAUUGCCGGCACUUCAUAUUGCGGCAAAGAAGGACGAUGUAAAGGCUGCUACAUUGCUAUUGGAUAACGAUCACAAUCCUGAUGUGACUUCUAAAUCUGGUUUCACUCCAUUGCACAUUGCCUCGCACUAUGGCAAUCAAGCUAUUGCUAAUCUCUUAAUACAAAAAGGUGCCGACGUCAAUUUCUCGGCCAAGCACAAUAUCAGUCCGCUCCACGUCGCUGCCAAAUGGGGUAAAACGAACAUGGUUUCUUUGCUUUUGGAAAAAGGGGCGAAUAUUGAAGCGAAAACUCGCGAUGGCCUCACACCUUUACAUUGCGCCGCUCGAUCAGGCCAUGAACAAGUUGUGGAUAUGCUCCUCGAACGAGGCGCUCCAAUAAGCGCAAAAACGAAGAACGGUCUUGCUCCCCUUCACAUGGCGGCCCAGGGAGAACAUGUCGAUGCUGCUCGCAUUCUCCUAUACCAUAGGGCGCCUGUAGACGAGGUUACCGUUGAUUAUCUUACCGCCUUGCACGUAGCUGCUCACUGUGGACAUGUACGCGUCGCCAAGCUGUUAUUGGAUCGCAAUGCAGAUGCUAAUGCACGUGCCCUGAACGGCUUUACCCCUCUUCAUAUUGCUUGUAAAAAGAAUCGUAUUAAGGUGGUUGAAUUAUUACUUCGCCACGGCGCAAGCAUUAGUGCUACCACUGAGAGUGGCUUGACACCAUUACAUGUAGCUGCUUUCAUGGGAUGUAUGAAUAUUGUCAUUUAUUUAUUGCAACACGACGCCAGUCCCGACGUUCCCACAGUGCGUGGUGAAACUCCAUUGCAUUUAGCAGCUAGAGCUAACCAGACUGAUAUUAUUCGCAUUUUGCUGCGUAAUGGAGCUCAAGUCGAUGCACGUGCACGCGAGCAGCAAACUCCCCUACAUAUUGCAUCGCGAUUGGGUAAUGUUGAUAUUGUCAUGCUUCUGUUGCAGCAUGGCGCCCAAGUCGAUGCCACUACCAAGGACAUGUACACGGCCUUACAUAUCGCUGCCAAGGAGGGUCAAGAUGAGGUAGCUGCAGUUUUGAUUGAGAAUGGCGCUGCAUUAGAUGCUGCCACAAAGAAGGGCUUUACACCAUUACAUUUAACUGCAAAAUACGGGCAUAUUAAAGUCGCCCAGUUGUUAUUGCAAAAGGAAGCCGACGUCGAUGCUCAGGGCAAGAACGGCGUUACUCCGUUGCAUGUGGCGUGUCACUACGACAACCAGAACGUUGCCUUGCUGUUGCUGGAGAAGGGUGCCAGUCCUCAUGCUACAGCCAAGAAUGGGCACACACCAUUGCACAUAGCUGCACGCAAAAAUCAAAUGGACAUAGCUACAACACUACUCGAAUAUGGUGCACAGGCCAAUGCUGAAAGCAAGGCCGGUUUCACCCCUCUUCAUUUGAGCUGCCAGGAAGGGCAUACAGAAAUCUCGAACUUGCUGAUUGAACACAAAGCUGGCGUAAAUCAUCCGGCAAAGAAUGGUCUAACACCGAUGCAUUUAUGUGCCCAAGAGGACAAUGUCAACGUAGCAGAAAUAUUACAGCGCAAUGGGGCCAAUAUCGAUAUGGCUACCAAAGCUGGUUACACGCCACUCCAUGUCGCGGCACAUUUUGGACAAGCCAAUAUGGUCCGUUUUCUUUUGCAACAUGGCGCCAAUGUCAACUCUGCCACAUCGAUUGGCUAUACGCCCUUGCACCAGAGUGCUCAACAGGGUCAUUGCCACAUAGUAAAACUGCUUCUAGAACACAAUGCGGAUGCCAAUGCUCAAACUUCGAACGGUCAAACGCCUUUGGAUAUUGCUCGAAAAUUGGGAUACAUAAGUGUAUUGGAUUCCCUCAAAUCGAUUACCAAUGAGCCCGAGGGAUCGUCUCAUCUCCAUACAGAUGAAAAAUAUCGUGUGGUGGCACCUGAAGCUAUGCACGAAUCUUUCAUGUCUGACUCUGAGGAGGAAGGAGGCGAAGAUAAUAUGCUUUCCGAUCAACCUUACCGAUAUCUGACAGUUGAUGAAAUGAAAUCCUUAGGAGAUGAUUCCUUGCCUAUUGAUGUGACACGUGAUGAGCGGAUUGACUCAAACCGCAUGGCCCAGAGUGCUGAAUACACCAAUGCUGGAUUGCAGCAGCAACAGCAGCAGCAGCCGCAACCUGCUGUAGAAAGUGCUAUCAGUCCCCACAAGGCACAGAACAACUAUGGUGCAGUUCAUACUAAAACAAUGCUUGAUGGGGGCAUUUAUAUAUCCAAUGAUAUGCUGAAUGGUGAAGAUCCACAACAUGAAGGACGUAAAUUGCAAUGGAAGAGUUUCCUGGUGUCGUUCUUGGUCGAUGCACGCGGUGGAGCAAUGCGUGGUUGUCGCCAUAGUGGUGUACGCAUGAUAAUUCCAUCACGCUCGACUGCGCAGCCUACACGUGUUACAUGUCGCUAUGUGAAGCCACAACGCACCAUGCAUCCUCCACAAUUGAUGGAGGGGGAGGCCUUGGCCAGUCGGGUUUUAGAAUUGGGCCCAGUUUCUACGAAAUUCAUUGGACCGGUGAUCAUGGAAGUGCCACAUUUUGCAUCUCUGCGCGGAAAGGAGCGUGAAAUUAUAAUAUUGCGCUCGGACAAUGGAGAGACUUGGCGCGAACACACAAUUGACAAUUCCGAAGAAAUUAUCCAUGAUGUGCUCCAACAAUGCUUUGAACCCGAAGAAAUUUCACAACUUGAAGAACAAGCCGGAAAUCAUGUGUGCCGCUUUGUAACUUAUGAUUUUCCACAAUACUUUGCGGUUGUAACGCGCAUACGUCAAGAGGUGCAUGCCAUAGGACCCGAAGGCGGAAUGGUGUCCAGCACAGUGGUGCCACAGGUGCAGGCGGUAUUCCCGCAGGGUGCUCUCACAAAGAAAAUUAAAGUUGGCUUACAGGUAAAUCUUUUUAAACCUCGCAAAGGUGUUGCGCCAGAAAAAUUGCGUAAAAUAAGCGUUAACCACGUACCAAAGAAAAAGCGUUUCUCCCUUAUCUGGUAAUUUGAUAUACUAUAUAUGAACAACAGAGUAAAGAAUCAACUACGUACUUAAUAUGCUAUUUAGUUUUAAGCUGAAACAUAUUCCAUCUUCACCAAACAACUUAUCUAAGUUUAGUAAUUUCUAUUAAAUAUUGACUCUUAAAAUAGCUCUCCCACUCUACUAAGAUCGGUUUAAACCUGUUGCAAGUUAAACAAAUUAGAAAAAAAAUAUAUCCGAUUGCACUGCUUAUUUGGCGCUUUAUGAAUGGAAAAGGAAAAUAUGCAAGAAGAUGAAAGAUAUAUUGUUUUGUCAUUUGAAUAGAGUUUGACUAAAAUGCGACGAAUACCGAGGCAAGAAGUAAUUUUGGUUAAAGCCCUGCGUAAAUAAUAUUAGUUUGGUUUACAAGGUUUCAAACCUGAACAAUUCAUUUCGUUAUUUCUUCUCUACUCUUUAAUUUUGCACAUUCCGAGUCGAGUGAGACAUUUAGCCUGUCUUACUUUACUUUAAUUGGCUAUGACAGACAGAUUUGUCCCAUUAUCCGAACGUCGUAGAAUAGCGCCUCGAUCUCUGACACCAAAUUUUGAGGUUUCUCUCGCCACUUUCCAUCGGUCUUUUGGCCGUCCCGGUUUGCGUGUACCAUCGUGAUCAUCUUCAAAAGCCUCUUUCGCUGGAGCUUCUUCAUUCAUUUAGACAACAUGACCUAGCCAACGCAGCCGUUGUAUUUUAAUGCGUCAUACAGUUCGUGGUUCAUACGACGUCGAUACUCUCCAUCAAUGCAAACUGAUCCAUAAAUUUUACGAAGAAGCACUGCCUCGUCUGCUUUAAUAAGUAUCCAAAGUAGCGUCUGUUUGCCAAUAUUAUUCUUCGCUUUAUUUCAAAACUGGUGCCAUUCGUUUCAGUUACGGCGGUGCCGAGGAAGAUAAAGUUGCUGACUAUCUCAAAGUUGUGGUUCCCAACUUUCCCAUGAUAUCGAUGUCGUCGGCGUAGACGAGUAGCAUGUGUUCCCUUGUGAUUAGUGUGCCAUAUCUAUUCACAUCUGCAUCUCGUAUAAUCUUCUCCAGCAGGAUAUUAAAGAGAUCUCACUAUAAGCUGUCUCCUUGUCUGAAACCUCGUUUGGUAUUGAAUGGUUCGGAGAGAUUCUUUCCUAUUCUUACUGAGGAACGUGUGUCAGCAAGUGCCAUCCUGCAGAGUCUUAUUAAUUUUGCAGGGACACCAAACUCAAACAUGACUUGAAAUACCUUUGAACAUAUAUGGCUAUCGAAAGUGGCUUUGUAGUCAACCAAAAUAUGGUAGGGGUUGAUUUGUCCUUCUUGGGUCUUUUAGCCCGUCAAAAUCACUAUGUCGUCCCAACAAAUGGAUGCUUUUCACUCGAAUCCUUCUUUUUCAUUAUGAAUGAUUAACCUUUAAUGUUUAGAUAUUGACCCAUAUCGAACUUCGGCAUAUACGAUGGUGGAUAAUGCGAUAUCCGCAGACGUAAUGCUUAAGGCGAUUUUCGCAGACGUAAUGCUUCAAAUAUGCAAUGCUUUGACUGAAAAUUACUUCUUGCAUGGGAAAAAAAUCCGAAUAUAUUAAAUUAUAUUAGAUCUAAAUGCACAUUGAAGUUAAAUAUAUUGCAACACUUUAAACUUUAAACAACAAGUAUUGCCUAACUGAAUUUACAUAUUAAAUACAUUGGCAAGACUUUCUCUUCGCAUACUUUUUUUAGUCUAACAUUUUAUUUGGUAUACGAUUAUUGCAAACAAAUUUCGGGUUUAAUGUUGUUUUGUUCCAUACGCCAUUUGGGAAAGUAAUAUCAUCUGCUUCUCGCCAACCUUAAAGUUAUUAUUCAAAUUGUUUCAUAUAAUCGAAGUUCCUCCCAAGGUCUACAUUUCAUUUUUUUUAACAUAAUCGUGCUCUUCGCGCCAAUACUAUUAAUUUGAAUAAAAUUAUCCUAAUCUUAUCAAAUGUAAGGCUAGGCAAACCUAAUUCACUUGACCCCACAUUCUGAUGUCAAAUUUGUACCGUACACAUUGAUACUUCACUUGAACCAGAAUUUCGUACACUCCUAUACACCCAAAAGGCGGAUGGGGGUAAAAUACAAAUCUGGGUACUUUACCCGCGAUCCUUUUGGGAUUUUUGUGUGUAUAGUAGGGUCUUGCAUAGGGAAUUCCCGGGAUAAUUUAUUAUCCCGAAUUAUGGUCAUUCUAACGAAAAGUAGUAAAAAAUAAAUGCAAAUAAACUCUUUUUUCUUAUGACGAUUAACGCAUGAAGUGAAACAAAAAAGUUAAAGUCUUAAGUAAAACCACAUUAAUUCAGGUAUCGCUGACAAAGUCUUUAAGUUCUACCCAAUGGUGAAAUGUGUUAGGGGUUUUGACCGACCAACAUCAAUAAGAAAUAUUUGUUUUAAAAUUGGAGUGUAUAGUUUUAUUCGUUCGAAAGAUGCGUCCUUCCAACAGUCGAAUGUUACGAACAGAGUAAUGAAGUGAGUAUAGCACCACCCAAUGCUGUACGAUAGAAAACGACAAAAUUUUCGAAAAUUCCAAACGCCUUUUCAAGUUGAGCUCUCAAUGUAAGAACUCCAUAAACAGCUCAUAACAUUCAAUAAUGGAUAUUCCUUCAUUAUCCGGCCUACAUUUCUUUUAUUUCCGCUUAGUAAGCCGCAGUUCACGUAUUUCAGCUGAUACCAUAUGUAAAAUUUAGAAGCAAAUUAAGCAUUGAAAUGUAAUAACUCUAGCAAUUUUGAGUGUUUACAGUGUUAAAACUGUGUAUUGCUGCAUGUUUAUGACACGUGUAAAAUUGAUAUUUAAAACAAGUGGUCGUUUAUGUUUCAAAAUAAUCGUCGAAAAAAGUUUAUAAAAAAAUUCAAGGGUAAUUUGAAUUAAUAUAAUGUUUGUGGCCAAAAACGUUGGCUUAUACGUAAAAACCCCUAGAGUAUAGGUAUAUAGAGUGCACUUAGAUUAUUCCCUUAAUCAUUAUAAGGACAAAAUGAGUAGCUUGGCGUAUCGCUCAGAAUUUGUCACUUCUCCAUUGCCCAAGUAACUGAGGCCCAAAAAUAUCUCUAAAACCUGGGUUUGAUUUGCUAGUAGAGAAGUACUGGUAGCUAAGUCACAUUGCCUCAAAUGUGAGAGCCAUACUUUUCCAUUUUGUUCGUUGAAUACCCUAACAACUCCUAGAAAAGAUAUAUUUGAUUACCAAAAUAUUUCAAGUCUUUCAACCCAUGUGUGUCUGUGUCUCUAUUUAUCUAUCGAAAGCAAGUUAUCGUCCGAUUGAUCAAAUCAAGUCUUUUUGUAUUGUUCUUGAUUAUUUGAUCUUUAAAUAAAGUAAAUAGAACAAAAAAUUCUCAUCCCAAUCGAAUUAAAUUUUGCAUAUCUAUGGCCGCAUUGGAGGUCGCCGUGGCGCCUGGCCUUUGUUCGAAUCGCGGACUGAACAUCACUAAAAUAUUUGAUUAUCCCCUUACAAAUGCUGGCGAGAUUUGUUCAAGCUUCUCCAACAAUUGGUACUCGGCAUAAAAAAGGAGGCCAGGUCCCAUAUCAUUGAGCUUUAACUUGAAUAGGACUGCACUCAGGUUGAUACAAUUGCCAAUAACGGAUUUAUAACAACUUCAAAAAAGGCCUUUGUCAAGUUUUUUUUUUACUUCUGCUGUAAAGUAAGACAAAAUCGAGUUAUCUCUUUUUAUAUUAAACCAUCGAUAUUGAGUUCCACUAUGCCUCCUAACACCAGUGCUAUAAUUCAUAUGUUUCUUGGGAUUUUUAACAUUCAUUUUAUUCGAUUAAUUGUUCAUUUGAAAAUGUAGCAUUUGAAAUUUUGGAUUAUUUGAAAAUCUACUAAUGAGGAUUAAACGAAUUCCGAUUGAUCGAUUGUACACCCUUGACUCAUUUGGUUUUGGAAACCAUCUGAACCCUACACACCAGAUGAGAUUAGAAAUCCAAUAAUUUUUUGAUACUUGGUUCCAAAUGAUUUGAAUUUAGUUCAACAAGUUAUAAACGUGGAACAAAAUAGCACAUGCAACACACAUGAUUUGCGAAAGAAAUAUAAAUUUGUUCGAUACCUAAAAAACUCAAAUAAACUGAAACUUAAAAUGGCGUGUGCACCGCAAUUGGCUGUAUCGACCACGAAGUAGCGCCUUGUCUGCAAUACUGCGACACGCAUGCGCAGUCCUACUUGUUAAAAUAGUAGUAUUCCCAUGGGAUAGUAAUAUUUAAGCAAUGAGAGCGAUUUGCAAUUACCGUAAAAGGAAUCACGAGUGUACCAAUUAAUAGUUAAAUGAUGCACAAAUUCGGAAAAUUAUGCGUAUCUUUUACAAAGAAUCAAUAUACACAUACACACAAUAAAUUACCGAUUAUGGAUCUGGAGAACAUAUGUUAUCCGUAACAUGAAAAGCAAAAAAAAAAAAAAAAACAA